AUGCUUUAUCGCUCGUACAUCGUCCUCGUUUUCGCAUUUUGUAUUCAGUCUUUUGUAUCAGCCUCCAAAUUAAAAACAGUUUUUGCUGUUAACUGUGGAGGUGAUGCACAUGUUGAUAGUAAUGGUGUUCGAUACGAAGCUGACUCUAACCAGCUUGGCGUAGCUUCCGACUAUGGACUUAAUUUGAUAAUGCAUCGUGCACACGAGGGAGAUGCUCUCUUAUAUCAAACAGAACGCUAUGGAACUUCUACGUUCUUCUAUGAGUUUCCUAUACCAGCAGAUGGUCAAUAUGUUCUUCAUUUAAAGUUUUCGGAGGUCUGGUUUCACCAUCCAAAUGAGAAGGUCUUUUCUGUGGAAUUAAACAAUGGUUUAAGAAUUAUUGAAGACUUGGAUAUUUUCCAAACAGUCGGGUUUUCCAUAGCUCAUGACGAGAACAUUCCUCUUACAAUUAAAGACAACACCAUUUUCGUUGGCGAUUCGUCUACUAAACUCAAUAUCGGCGAGAAAUUCAGGAUUACCUUCGUAAAGGGACAUCGCGAUAACCCGAAGGUGAACGCCAUAGCACUCUUUGAGGGCUCAAUUGAUGAUAUCCCCAAAUUGCCCCCACUUGACUUUGACGACGAGGAGGAGUCAUUCAUGAGACCACCAAUCAGUGACGAGGACACCGAGACGUCGCAACAGCAACCAGUCAUCACCAAGCCAUCGCGAAAAGCGCCUGUUCCGCCCUCUGUCAGCAGGCCUCCUGCACCAGACCCCUACGCCUCUGCCGACUACUCCACUUAUAUCCUACCCAUCGCAGUCACCGUCGGCACUUUCCUGCCUGCGAUCUACUGCCUGUACAGACUCUAG